AAAAUGGUCUAGACACGCCGUGGAACAAACCUAUUGGUUCUUAGUGUGAUGGCAGGAACUAAACUGUAAUCCCAAAUUAGUUGGUAAAGCAAGGAGAGGGUCUUACUAGUGGUGCCUUCACUUGCUGUCAGACAUUAUCAGAGUGUGUAAAUGUAGCAGGACGUUAAAUAUUCGCAGCUCAUGGAUUAGACUCGGUUGAUUUAUUGUAUUACAUCUAUCAGGUUACUGGUGUUAAACUAAGAACACAUUUAUUUAGACGACUCUGCACGACCUAAAAUAGCAGCUGUGCAGUGUGACUGCUCGAUAUGUUCAAGUUCAACAGCCAAGGAUGCCAUCUUUCCCUGUGUUUUGCACUGCAGGGUGUGGAGCUCAGAAAUAUUUUGCUAUUAAAUUUGAUGUAUUUAACUUCAGUCUACCACUAUUAGGUUGUCAAUGCCAGUGGCUACUUCUUACCUAUAACCUAUGCUUGUAUUGAACAACUGAGGGCUUGCAAUACCUGUGUUUCAAGUAAUGAAACUGGUCCUCUUAGCAAACAUUAAGUCUAUGUUCAGUGCUUCAGUUCAUGCCACACAUUUGCAGCAUUUCGUCCAGUUUGUCUUUUGUUACAUCCCUCCCCUUUGCACUUUCUCCAGAAACUUUCACCCAAAACUGAACGUUUUUAACUGUCUGACGUCAGCUUAAAACAAUACACGAUGCGUUUCUUUGUGUAGGUACGCGUGUAGUCCUCUUCGCCGCGGUGUCGUAACGCAACAUAUCUGCGCAAAAUCUGCAAACUCCGGGGCUGUUGAUAUAACAGUUUCGACAUGACGAAGCGUGCCUGAACGCAUCACAGUAGCCUGCGGGCCGAUGAUGUCAGUUCACGGGCUGUAGGAGUUUCUGCAUCUCCGUGUGCGCCGACUCUUAGGAGGCCUACUGCUGGCCGUCAGCGGGCCGGGCAGGCAGGGGAGGAGAGGAGAGGAGGAGAGGAGAGGAGGGGAGGAAAAGUGUGUUUACACAGACGGCAAACUGCCUGGGGAAUCGUAGGGGAGAGGAAGUCAGCCGGCUCUGUGUCUGCCUGCUCCAACUUCCUGCUCAGAAAAAGAAAAAGCCCAGGAUCCUAUUUCAGUCCGGCACAACCGUGUAGACCAGAAGUAAGCAUGGAAAAACAAGGAAUCACACAAGCAGCACCGUAAAGUUUCGCGGAGGGAAAAGACCGAGUCGCAGAUCGCAGGUAUGGACAGUGCCAUCACCCUGUGGCAGUUCCUACUGCAGCUGCUGCUGGACCAGAGCCACAAGCACCUGAUAUGCUGGACGUCCACCGACGGCGAGUUUAAGCUCCUGAAGUCGGAGGAAGUGGCCAAGCUGUGGGGGCUGCGCAAGAACAAGACCAACAUGAACUACGACAAGCUGAGCCGAGCCCUGCGCUACUACUACGACAAGAACAUCAUCAAGAAGGUGAUCGGUCAGAAGUUUGUCUAUAAGUUUGUGUCCUUCCCCGAGAUCCUCAAGAUGGACCCACAGGCGGUGGAGAUGGGCCUGGCCUCCGGGCGGUUCCCCCUCCAGGAGGGAGAGGCCCAUGAGCUGGACGUGGAGGAGGAGGAGGAGGAGGAAGGCGAGGAGGAGGCCCAGAGGAGGACCCUGGCAGCCCUGGGGGCGCAGCAGUGUCGGAACGACUACCUCCGCUCGGGUCUCUACUCGUCCUUCAGCAUCAGCUCCCUGCAGAACCCGCCGGAGCUCCUCCGGGCCUUGCGGGAGCGCCAGGAGGAGCCGCGCUCCGUCAUCCGCUUCGGCACCAACGAGAGGAGCUCCCCUCCCUCCAUCAAACCCGAGCCCUACGUCUCCCCGAGGUCGUCCAGGCUCCCCUCCCACUCCCACUCCCACUCCCCGUCCUCCCCGCACAACCAGCCGGGCCGAAGCUGGAGCCCCGACGCCGAGGAGGUGGAGGACGAGGAGGAGGAGGAGGAGGAGUCCGACCAGAGCGCCCAGCCCCUCAACCUGUCCUCCGGCCACAGGGAGCGAGCCCUGCAACCGCCUGAAAAGAGGAGCAGCGGCGGCAGAAGUAGUUACACUAACAGUAGUGGUAACCAAGGAGAUGGACUCCCACCAAAAAGCAAAAAGCCCAAAGCUCUGGAGAUCUCCGCCCCGUCCCUGCUGCUGGCGGGGAGCGACAUCGGCUCCAUCGCCCUCAACAGCCCGGCGCUGCCCUCCGGCUCCCUCACUCCCGCCUUCUUCACUGCACAGACUCCCUCGGGUUUGCUGCUGGCCCACAGUCCGCUGUUGUCAGGCAUCCACUUCUGGAGCAGCCUCAGCCCCGUGGCUCCGCUCAGCCCCGCCCGGCUGCAGGGCCACAGCUCCCUGUUCCAGUUCCCCAGCCUAAUCAACGGACACAUGCCUGUCCCCCUGCCAAACCUGGAAGGAACACCCUCCUCCCUGCUCCUGUCCCCCACCACCCACAAAUCCUGAUCCAGAAAAAAAAAAAAACGUCCCAGUUUCUCAAUCAUCACCAUUAUCAUCAUCAUCAUCAGCAGCAGCAGCAGCAGCAGACAUCUCUUUUUCAUCCUGUCAGAUUCAGAAAAAAAAAAAAAAAAAAGUCCUACGAGACAGUAUGUGACCUCACUUUUUUUUUGCACUUGAGUUGCUUCAGAUUCUAGUGGUUGAAAGCACUUGGUAAAAGCCAUACGCCGCGGCGUCUGAGAGACGUCUGGCUCUUUGUGACAAAGUACAGCACAUUUCCACAUGACCCUGUCCCCCCGCGGACAGAAGUGACGCGUCGCUAGCUGCAAAACGCUAGCCAGCAGCUCAUUCUGCGCAGAGCCUCUUUGUUUUUAAUCUUGUAAAAAUAAAUGUUUGUUUUUUUUUUUCUCCCCUUCAAUGUUAAUCACGAUGUGAAACCCGUCGUUUCGUCUUCGUGGUGUUGUAUGUAAUGUAUGCACUAUGCUUCUCAGAUAGUACCGGCUGUGCCUUGUUGUCUUAUUUUUUUUCGCCUUACUUUAAAAAUCUUUUGAUGAAGACGAGAUUUCAAAUCAAUGAAAACUUUUGUAACAAUUGUAAUGUUCUCUUUUUUUUUUUUAUACUGGACUUGGUAUACAGUAUGUAUUCUGUAUAUUUUUUUUGUAUUGUGAAGAAUGACUUGUCAUUUUCAAUAAACAGAGCAUUGAAUGCUU